GAGAAGCUCACAAACAAGACACGAUGUAAAAGCUACUCUUUCAUUACUUAUUUGAAGGGCAAUAUGGCUGCAAGAUGGGAUUGGGUACAGCAAACAAAGUGCAUCUGGAUUUUCAGAGGGCUUAAGUUCUUUAAAAACAAAAGACAGACUUAUUUCAAGGCACUAUUAGUUGCUAUCUAGUCAGCAACCAGAUUUUUUCCCAUGGCAAUCUGUUCCUAACCUGGUUCUUCAAGUUUUUCAAAGAUGACUGUGACUACCAUUUUUGCUUCUCACCUAAGAAUGACAGAAAAAAGUCUUCAAUUUUCAGCCCACAUAGUCCAAAGGAAUUCUAAGGGCUGUGAAAUGCUUGGCACUGCAGCUUACCAAUCUUUGUUCUGAAAGAAAAUGUUACAUGACGAAGCUUUGAGCCACUAAAAUGUUAAACCAAUGUCUCUGCCAUACAAGGUUGUUAGACUUGCCAUAGAGGCCAUUUCUGCAGACCAUUCUACUACAACUUGAAUCCUUUGUAGUCCUCCUUUGUCAAAAUAUUAAACACAAGAUGGUUUCAUCUAUUUCCUCUGCACAAUUCAUAGUGGCAAUAUUGUAUCUCAAAGUCUGUGUCUUCCUUUUCAAUGAAUAAAACUUCAAAUUCAAACUUCCAUAUUUGAAAGUAGGUCCUUACAUGCCAGCAUAAAUAUCACAAACUUCCCUCAGCUGUUAAUCUCAAACUGCAUUGAACUUGAUUUCCUACUAUCCCCAGCUGCUCUCUAGGCACCAGCACAAAAGUUGGAAAAGUCAGUAGUAUGGCACUUCUCCGCUGAAAAGAUGCAUUUUAUUUUUUCAGCAUUCAUUUUUACAUUAUUUUGUUAUUGCUUCCUAUAAUUCUCAAACAAAAAUGUUUGUGUAACUGUAUCAGAACCAUCAAGCACAGAAGCAUGCAGUGAUUUAGCAGACAGGGACAGGAUUCUCCUAACUUAAACAUUGGAAGUAUUUAAAAUACAAUUUAUGAAGUUCCACUGUUCAGAUAUUUUACUUCACACACUUUCUGAAUUAGUAAAUAUAUGUGUAAAGAAAAAUUUCCACACCUUUCUUUUGAAUCUUCAGACACGUUUUCCCAUUACCUUGCCAUCAACCUUAGAUUUUCAUCAUGUACAGGUAUACUUAAUAAAGAGACACUAAGAAUUCAAAUCACAUUUCUAGUGUACAAUUCUAAGAUACUGUACGUUAAAUUUACAGCACGCAUAAACGGGAAGAGAGAAAAUGGGUCGUUUUAAGCUGACAAGCAACGUGGUCACGAAGCCACUUCAUGCGUUAUUUGAUUAGCCUUUUGUAGAAGAACAUUUCAUAAGCAAAGGCGUAAAGAGAUUACAAAUCCCAGCAAAGCUUUUCACGUACAGGCGUUGUAGAGAUGAAAACCUCCCCCUCCCCUCCCCAGCGCUUCAUUUCGCAACCGCGGGAACAAAGUGAGCCGGAGCAACCCCUUUGCGCUCCCGCUCGGCGUCUUUCUCCUUGCUGUAGGCGCCCUCUUCUUUCUCCUGCUACGGCUACUACUCCAGCUCACCGGCCGCAGCAGGAAGAGCAGCGGCGGCGGGCGUCGUUUCUCGUGUCCUGAAGCUGAUCGGCCCCAGUCAAUUGCAGCAGGGUGGGAGGGGCAGCCUGGGAAAGCCACAGCCCGACAUGGGUCUUCGGCGAAGCGGCUCGCAGCCCUCGCUGCCAACUUGGCCGCGGCGCGCCGCAGCUCUCCGGGUUCUAAGCCGCUCUCCCGCCUCUCGCAGCGGAAAUUGAGGGGAGGACCGGGUGGGGGGGUGGCCGCCGCAGCUGCCCUCCUCCUGCGAGCGGGAAGGGGGAGUCGUCCCACUCUACACGGUCCCUGCAGCCGCCCCCCCUCCCCGCCCCGGCUGGCCGCUCCUUGCGCGCCAGGCCCCGAGCGCAGCCCGGCGUCCCCUCCUUUCCCACUCGGAUGAUGGACAGGAACUACCCACCAGCCCCCAGCUACCCUGAUCCAUUGGGUUCGGCCACCGCUGCCGCCUCUUCGCAACCCGCCACCGUCUGGGCCUAUGAACGGGGCGUCAGCAGCCUCAAGCCCAGUUUAAACUAUGGAGGAGGACAUUCAUCACACUCAGAAGCGGAUCUUCUUAGACAAACAUAUACAGCUUCUCAGCAGCUUCCUGUGUACACUACCACGCCCCAUCCUUCUGGUCUUCCUGGAAUUUUUGAUAAUACUACACACAGUGGCAAUAGUAACACUAAAGAAACAUCAGUUAUGAAUUUUCUCUCUGCAAUCGAAUCUCGCAAUACUCAGACUGUUUCUUCGGGAACAACUCUUUUACCACAAUUUAGGACUCCCACGUGGCAACCAGCAUGCAUGCAUUCAUCAACUGAGCUUUUUACCCCUGGAACUCUACCAACAUCUGGAACCUUUCCAUCAACCUCAGUUUAUCAACAUCCCAAUGCUUUUAGCAGUAGAAACUUUGUUACUACUCCUUCUUUAACACUUCAGGAUACAACUUUUAGUGCAACCUCAAAUGGGCUUCUAACUGCUCAUGACCCUUUAUUGCAGAUCAAGACAUCCCAAGGCACAGUCCCCCCAGGACUCACUUUUGAACGUCUGGGCAGUUAUGUAUUAAGUACCAGCAUACCACCACAGUCUUCAACAUACCGUUCUGCUCAAGAGUCUGCACCACAUCUCCUACAGCCACAGUUCAGUUUAUUGCCUUCAUCACUUGGUGGAGGAGCUCAACAGACUCCACAGGUGUAUAACUCAACUCUGUUUACUGGUUCUACUGCCUCCAUUGAAAGAGCAAUGCAGCGUGAAUGUAGUGUAAUUAAACACCAUCAGCGGCCUUCAAACACACAGUCUGUUCAGGCACAACUGACUGGUUCACAGCAUUCCUUACAGAACUAUUUACCAAGUACAAAUGAAACUGAUUAUCAGGAUGCAUCCCGCCAAUCAUCUUGUAGCCCAGCUGGCGAUGCUACUCAGGUGAGCAGUAGUGGUCCACAGCAGAAAUCCUCUCAGGUUUCAGUGGAACAUACUCAGUCAUAUGCAUCAGCAGUUCCAUCACCAGGUUUCCCCUCUGUUUCCACUACAAAGGCAAAACAGUGUUCUACAAAGCAACCACCAAGGUCAACAAAGACACCUAAACCACAAAGUGUAGCCCCUUCUGUACAGACACAAAGUUAUUCCAAAAUUGCACAGAACCAGAACUCUGUAAUAGCUAGUCAAGCACAAAUCUAUUCUACAGCACAGCUCCCAAGUCUCCUGUCAGUAAGUCAGUCACAAAAUUAUAUUUCAACACAGUCACAGAAUGUGCCACCUGUUAGUCACGCACAAGCAUUCUCAGCCAUCAAGAUUGAGAAAUUACCAUCAUUCUACAAAACACUUUCUUAUGCUGGGCAAUCAGAAGCUGUUACUUCUGAAAGCCAGGCACUACCAUACACGUCUGACCAACAGGUAUUAACUUCAGUUUCAAAUACCUUCACUGGGCAAACAAGGGAUCUUUCUUCAAGCAGCCAGUCUGAAAAUUAUUCUUCUAGUCAUUCUCAGGGUAUGUCAACAGUUAGCCAGCCACAGAUGAGCUAUUCAUCUCAGUCACAGGUCUUGUCAGAAACAUUUUCUUCUCAUAUUCAAAACCUGUCAACUACAAGCUCUCCCCAGAACUAUAUUUCAUUGCAUUCUCAGGUACAAGAGUCACCCUCUCCACAAUCUCAAAAGUUUUUGCCAGUUGUACAGUCAACUCCUUUUGAAGUAACACCUAAUUCACCAGCAUUGCAGAACAACAGAUCUUCCUCAGAUACAAAGUCAUACAUUAAAAGGAAAUCUGAUCCUAAUUUGUAUCAAACAUCUAAACAAGAUGAUCAGUUUCCAAUGCAUAAUUUUCAGGCACUGCAACAGCAAUCAUCUCUUGAUUCCUCUCCUCAGAGACUUACUGAUGGUGAGAUUAAUGCUCAGGAUACAACUUACAAAGUUUCCAAAGCAGAUAAUCGCUACUCUCAAAGUGUAAUCAGAAGUAACUCUCGUCUUGAAGAUCAAAUUGUUGGACUUACUUUUCAAGGGUCAAAAAAAGAUGAAACAAUGGUUAACCCUGUAACACAAAUUAGCCAUAUUACCAAUACAGUGAAUCAUGAUAUUAAAAAAGCAAGUAAUUUACUAUCAACAGCACAAGUAAAUGCAGACAGUAAAGAACUUGGCCAGCAAGAGUCUCUUAUACACAAGGUACAUGAAGUUAAAGUCUCAGAACAACAGAUUCAUGUUGUUAGUUCACCAACUCAGCUUCAUACUCAGGCCAUACGGCACAGCCAUCAGCUAUGCCUGCCUACUUCACAGGUACUUCUAGAAUCCCCGUGUGAUUUACAAAUGCUUCAGCAGUCAAUAUUGCAAUCUGGUUUAGGAUACACAAAAAGUGUUCCACAAGUACAGCACCUUAUGAAUUCUCAGCAGUAUCUUCAAGUGGAUGGUCAUAUGAUUCAAGGUAAUGGGAGGCAUUCUCAGGAGCAGCUUCACUCGCAACACCCUGAAAUUUUGAAAGUUAACCUUUCUGAACCAUCAAAGCCAUUACAACAUCAUUUGACAUCCAAAGAUAAUUUUGAACAGCCAAAUCAUGAAUCUAAGAAUCAAUUUGUUCCCCUUGGUUCUGUAUGUUUUCCAGAAUCUGUACUUCUCAAUGAUGAAAGGAAUAUAUUGUCUAACGUAGACGAUAUCUUGGCAGCCACAGCUGCAGCUUGUGGAGUAACACCAUCUGAAUUUGCAAAAUCAACAGCCAGUGAUGAAGAAAUUCAGUCAAUUGAAAAUGGAGAUAGCCCUAAAUCUCAGUUUCAUACAAUAGAUGUCAGACACAUGACUCCUAGCUUCAACUCAUCACCUGCAAUUUCUGGAAAGCCACUUAGUGUGAAUAAUAUUUCUUUAAAUGGAGGUCACGUUACCCUAAAUUUAACAGCAGUAUCUGCAGAACAAACAAAAGAUAGGAACCUUGACCAACAACGCAUUGAGAUUUCUGAUCAAGGUAUUCCUACUAGAAUUACAACAGUUGAGAUUGAAAGAAGGCAGGAACAGGUUUCUAGUCAAGUUAAGCAACACUCCAGCACCAGGAGUGAAUCUGAAGCUAAAAAUAAUGUUCAUAUGGAUGGAACAUUAAACAUUAAAGAUAUAGGCCUUAUGUCAAGUAAUAGGACUCUAAAUGAAGGGAUUGCAGUGUCACAAACAGAUUAUAGCAUGGCAAGUAACAAUGCUGACGUUCCACUGCAACAAAUAUCUAUGCAGCAUCCAAGAAAUGAAAAUGGUAAUACCGAAGACAAGAGCCAACUUUUACCAGAAGAGGACCCUCAAAAGCAAAAAGACAGAGGACAGAAUCAAAUUAAAAAUGUCAGUGAAGUUGUUGAUAAAAAUCAGAAGCAACUGAAACGAAGUGGGCAGUGCAAACGUCAAAAUUCAAGAGGCAUUGAUGCCAGCUUUCCUUACUCUCCGGUUCCUGAAAACUGUCAUGAAACUUACCAACAUCAAGAAAAAAUGAGGCAGAAAAUUAAAGAGGUGGAAGAAAAGCAGCCAGAAGUUAGAAAAGGAUUUAUUGCAUCUUUUUUAGAUUUCUUGAAAUCUGGACCCAGACAGCAGUUUUCAGCACCUGCUAUCCGUGUUCCUAAUCGUGUAAGAAGACCUGUCACCCCACUUAUUAGAGCACCUUGUCAGUUGCAAAUCUCAAAAGCUCAGACAGCAACAGCUACUUUGCCUUUGGAUGGCUCUGCUGAAAAUUCAGUUAAGAACAAUUAUGAAGAACCUAAGACAAAGUCAGAAGCCCGGCCUUUUUUUUCUUUUGAUAAAGAUAAUGUGGGGAACAACAAAGAUCACCAAAAGAGUACAUAUUCUUCAUUAUCAUCAUCUGAUAUAAAGACAAAUUCAGAAAUUGACAAAACAGUUUCUCAAGCCAUCACUAACACUGCUGUAAAGAAGGAAGGUUCCCAAAAGACUGUUACGAUGGCAGAUGCACAGGUGAAAACCUGUGUAGCACAAUUCGAAAUGGAGAGUGUUGUUACAGACCAGUUAGCAAAACCACAAGCAUUGGUUGCAGUAGAAGGAUAUACUGAGGAUGACCAUGGAGACAGUGAAGGCGAAGGCAUAUACAGAGAGCGCGAUGAAUUUGUAGUGAAGAUUGAAGAUAUAGAACCACUAAAGGCUGCUUUAAAAAGAGGAGUGGAGCCUCCAGCCAUCUGGAAAGUUCAAAAGGCUUUGCUGCAAAAGUUUGUACCUGAAGUACGAGAUGGACAAAGAGAAUUUGCAGCUACUAAUAGUUAUCUUGGGUACUUUGGAGAUGCAAAAUUGAAGUAUAAACGAGUAUAUGUGAAGUUCAUAGAAAAUGCAAACAAAAAAGAGUAUGUCAGAGUAUGUUCCAAAAAGCCAAAAAAUUCACUUGUUCACUCUGCAAGAAUUGCUCACUGUAAACCGAGCAUGAACAUCCCUAAAGUUCCUGAUCCCCCAGUGCCAAAAACUGUUACCACAAAAGUUACUUCAAUGAAACUCAAAGCAAAACAGCCAAAGGCAAAGGCUGAACCACCACCCAAAAAACGCAAAACAUGGAAAGAAGAAUCGCCCUCUACUCCUCAGCUGCAGAGUGAUGAGGAAGACACUGAACCACCAGCACCUAUUGUUUCUCGCUUUUUAAAUACCAGAGCUAUGAAGGAAACAUUUAGGAAUUAUAUGGAACUGCUUGUCAGCAUUGCCUUGGAUCCAGAUACUAUGCUGGCAUUGGAGAAGAGUAAUGAUGAGCUGCUUUUGCCUCAUAUGAGAAAAAUUGAUGGCAUGCUGAAUGACAAUAGAAAAAGGCUGCUUUCCAAAUUACAUGUGGAGCGAUCAUUCAAGGCUGCUUUGGAAUGUUUUCCUGAACUGACAGUAAUAACUCGAGAUUCUAAAACAAAAACGGGAGCGAAUGCCAUUUCUAGAGUCAAGAUGAAUGGGAAAGCUUAUAAUAAGAAAACACUGAAAAUUUCUAAAGCAGCCACAAAAUUAGCACAGGAAUUUACUGUGGAUCCAGAAAAAAUUCCUUUGUGUUCUUUGUAUCAUUCACUCCAUCAUUACAAAUAUCACAUGUUUCUCAGAUGUAAAGUAGAGAUUUCUUCCGUUCAAAAAAAGAAUGCAGAUCUAGGUCAAGAGGAAAUAGUACAGCAGUGCAUGAAAAAUAUAAAAUGGAUAGAAGAUCUCUUUGAGAAGUUUGGUGAACUUUUGAAUCACGUUCAGCAGAAAUGUUCCUAACAAAUAUUGAUCCAAUUGUGACUUUUUUUUUUCUUCUGUUCUACUCAUCAAAAUAAAAGAAUAGGCUGAUAGGCUGGUCAUGCCAAGCUUUAUUCUAGGUCAAAAGAAAUCAUGAUAUUCUGGGUUCCUUGGAUUCUAGUAAGAAAUAUAUAUAUAUGCUGCCAAGCAAAUGGAACUACAAACAAACCUGCAUUUUUAACUUGGAGAAUAUUUUUUUCCUAUUUUGUAAACACUUGUUUUGAAAUAACUUAGGUUUAUUUUUGACAAAUGAUCAAAGCAUGUACUUAAAUAUAUAUUUUGGCUAUGAUUAAAAUAACUUUAAAUAUCAUGCCAUUUUUUUUUUUUACUCUGAACACUAGGAAGAGUCACAGUGGUGGUAACUGUGACAAAUCAAGUAGAGUCUCGAACAUUUUGCAGAGAAAUCUAAUAGGACAAGAAUGACUGUAUGAAUAAUCUCCAUCCACAUUCAAGAAUACCAUUCUCCUUUAUGAACUCCAAUUACUGAUGUUAUAUUCAGGAAAUUCAACAUGGAUUUGGUGCAAUCCUAUGACUGCUAUUUUGUGACAGAUUAUAUUAUAAUAAAAACAAUUAAUUAAUUAUUUUCCCUGGGUCUUGAAGAAAGACAUAGUGUUCCUUUACAUUUGUGUUCUUUAUUUUUCCCUUUGGAAAGAAAUCAAUUGUACAUUUUAUCCCACAAAUAGUUGUAUUUUUCAGAGGAAAAAGUAUUGUGGAUUAAAAUCAUUUCAUGUACCCUUGUAAUACAUUUCCAAUUGUUUUCUUGUUCAUUUUAUAUAUUAAUUUCAUUUUGUAAACUAUGUAUCUUGAGAUUAUAUUUGUUUAUACAGGUUUGCUUCAGUGUUAACCAUGAAUGAGACAUAUUAGACUUCAUAAGUUUGCUUUAUGUAUGGUUAUAUUGACAGAUUGCAACUUAUUUUCUGAUAAAUGAAAGAUGAUUUUUGUCUUAAAAUUGCUUGAUUAAUAGAACAUUUCAAUAAACAGCUACUACAUUGGUCCUCAGUAAAGUGAGAAUUAGCAAUUGACCAGGCUAUAUGCAGUGUUGAAAACAACUGACUUUUUAUUUUUGUUAUUUAGAAUUGGUAAUGGCAGAACUGUUUGUUUCUUGGUGCCUUUUCGGAGUCUCAGGCAUCUUUUGUAAAUGACUUUCUCUGAUUAAUUAUUUUUCAGUCAGAAUCAGUAGUCCUACUUAAGUUGCAAAUGGGCUAUACUUGCAUCAAUAGGAAGUUUUUUUUUUAAUUUGCUAAAAGAAUGCCUUACCUCAGCCAUUGAUUCAAUAUGUGCAGGACUUGUUGUUUAGAUUUUGUGAAAUUGAAGAUCCUAUACGUCUAUCAAAUAAUAUAUUAAAACAAUUAAUUUCUCCUGUCACUGCCACCUAGUGCCUUAAUUUCAGCCAAGAAAACAGGUUUCCUCAUUCACUAACCAAUCAGGAUAUUAUUAUAUGUAGCACAAUGUAUUUUCUUUAGUUAUACAUGUGUUCAUGCACCUUAGAUAUGUAAAAUACAAUGAAGGGCUGUGUUCAUGAGCAAUUAAACUAGGAUUUCAAAAUAUCAUUUUAUCUUAAUGUGUAUGUUAUGUUGGACAACUUGUGUAUUUUCCAAAUAUGUUUUAAUGUUAUUGGAAGUAGUACUUCUCAUUUCAUUCCUCUGAUGGGUUCAGUCAAAAUACUGAUAGAAAUUGAUAAUUGGAUUUAAAUUGAAAAAGUCAAGUUGUGAUACCAUGGCUAUGAAACUUGAAUUAACGCCUUGUGCUAAGAUAUGGUUUGUUUUAGCUAUGAUUUUGUUCCAUAAGUGAUAGUAGCUGUGUUUACACAGAAAUAACCCACAAACCAUGGUUUACAUGUUAGAUUCUAGAUCCGAUUAAGCUGAAACAAAGAAAAUUAUAUUAUGGCCUAGCACAAUGUGUUAAUUCAGUCCAAAUAUAUUUCCAUUGAUCCUAUAAAAAAGUUAAAGAUACAUAAUUAUAUAUUAUUGACUAAACCUUGAUUUCUCGCUUAAGAACAAUUUGUGAAAUGCAUCUGGUUAUAAGCAAUAAACCGGUACUGCUUGAAAGUGGGAACUUAGCAUAAGCACAUUUACUGGAAAUAGAUAUACUUCAUUCUUACCUUAAAAUCCAAUCUUAUAUUCAUCUGGAUACAAGCCCCAUUUAUUUAAAGGACUUUUUUUUAUUAAAUCAGUAGGACAGCAGUAUAAGAAUACUGUUCUGCAUUUUAAAAAAUGGAACCUUUUUUUCUGCUAUAGAUGCAAUAGCCUACUUAUUUGGGAUGGGUAUUUAAAGAAGACAUAAUUUCCAUAUUAAUUUCUAAAACGCCAAAAAAAAUUCAAUUGAAGGUUUAUAAAUGUAAUCCAAAAAUAGCUCUUCUACCACCAAUUUAAAACAUACCUUGAAAAAGGCCUAUGAAUAGAAGAUGUAGGUGGAGUAUGACUGGUUCAUCAAUUGUAAUUUAUUCUAAAUUAGCAAUUAACACAAGGGGACUUAGUUGAUAAAACUUUAAAAAUGUGAUUUUUUAAAAUAUUUCAAAGGCCUGUCCAUUUCAACUUCUCACCAUCAAUUCUUAAACCAACUUUGAAAUUUGUAUCCAUUCAAUGAAAUAAAAAGACUUUCAAAUUCUAAUUUCAGACUGCAGUCUUACAACAGUCUCUUCAACUUCAUUAAAACCAAUAGAACUUACAAUUAGUUAACCUGUACAUAACUAUACUGCUGUGUCAGUUUUCUGUUUUAAUCUUAGGUGGCAACUGUCAAAAGAUGGGGAAGAGCUUCUCAGGAUUAUGGAAGUAAAUAUACAAGUUUUAGUGUUUUAAUAAAUAAAUAAAGAUUCCCUCAUCAAUUUAAACGACCCCAGUGUUUCACACAGAGACCAUACUAUAUUUGAGGAGAUUGUUAUACAUUAAUUUAUGCAAAUUAUUUAUGAGGUCAAUUGGGUUUUGUCAUGGAAAAGAAAAUGCAUGUUGAAACACACUUAUUGCCCUGGGUGGUGUCAUAUUUUAGGAAUAAAUUUGUGGUGAGGACCAAAAAAUGUUUUAGGUACUAUCACUCGCAGUCACUGAACUUUUUGUUGAAAAUCGUAAUAAAUUUAAUGGGAACUCCAGUAUUCACUGAAAUAUAUAAAAACCUGCCAGACACCACAGUGUUUGUUUUCAGAUGGUAUUCAAAAAGUGCAACAAUUUAGGAUAUCAGCAAACAAAAGGGCAAAUAUGUAGCAACAAUAAAUUUUAUUUUCAUUCAAUUAUUCAAAUUUAAUUUUUGCAAAGUCAUUUUAUUGCAUCUACAUUUGAAGUAUAUUACUUAGAAACUUAACACUUAAGUACAAUCCUUAUUCUGAAAAAAAGUUCAACAUUCCUUCUUUUAGAGAAAUAUCAGCACGGUCACAAAAGUAAAAUAUCUAAUAGGGCCUCACUUAAACAUUGAAAUCACUGGGGUUUGAUUCCAAAUUAAUCUUUUUUAAAGACAGUUUUUCUGUUUAAGCUGAGGAUCUAAUAAUUUUAAGUAUUGUGCAAGCUCAAAAUAGUUAAUUUUCUCAAAAGUACAUAAUAUCCUAAUUUCACAGUUUCUUAAACUGUAACAUUUGAAUUUGCCCUCCAAAAUAAUUAAGCAUACGGUUGGAAUGAGAGAAAACAAAUUAAUUGAUGUUCUGUAUAAAAACUAUUACAUCAUUUUCUUGACACUUCAGCAAUCACUGUUUUAUAUUCUCAAUUCUGAAAAUGUGAAUUACCUGAUGUUUUUGAAUCCAGAUAUUGCUUGUUUUAACAGAAAAACAACUGGGUUGUACAGCCUGCUCCACCAAAACACAGUAUAAUUUUCUUUUUCCUUUAAUAAUAUAUGGUUAAAAGGAAACUCAACCUGUCUUCCAAUAAAUAGUUGUCAUAGAGAAAAUAUUUUUAAAUAUUUAAAUUUGUACUACUAUUUAAAGUAAUUUAAAAAAAUGAACAAGCCAAAACUGUUAGGAAACUGAAAAUCAGUUUAUAGUCAUUUAUGGUUUUGUUGAUGACAGUGUUUCAUGUCAUAUACUUACAUACUAUUUUGUGUGUUAUUAUGCAGUGCACAUAUUUCUUUAUUUCUUCCUAUUUAAGUUAAUGCUCACAAAUGCAUGGUAAUACCUAUCCUCUAUCUACUACAAACAUGUAGGCUAGGAUUAAAGGAUAUUUUCUAGCCGGUUUUCACAUGGUCCACAAUAAUGUACAGACUUAUGACUUUUUCAUAAUUUUUGUAUUUUUGAUUUGAUGUUACUACAUUCAUUAAAGUGAAUACAGUUUUUCAAAA